AUGGACAAAUGGCUACGAGAUCGUCUAUCCAAUUGUCUGGACUUUGAAGUACCAGAUGAUAUGAUCAAAUAUAUUCUCUCUAUGAAAAAUUCCAAUGAAUUUGAUGAAUAUUUUGAGUCUUUGCUGAACAAUGAUUGUGAAGACCAUCGUCUGUUUCUGACAGAUUGCAAGCAGCGUUUGUUUAGCAAAGCUUUGGCCAAUAAGAAGCAGCAGAAUCAACAACAGGCCCAACAACCAAAGAAAUCCCAAAGUCAUGGGUCAUCAGAAAUUAAGCAGAACAAGGGUGGUUCACCCACCAAUAGUAAAAAUGACGGAGGUGGUCACGGCCAACAGCCGCAAGGAGCUAAGAAGAAAACCAAAUAUGUUAGCCUUUACACGAAUGACGGUAAGGUUAUUGGCGAUACCAUUAUGUUGAAAGGCCGCCGUCUGUGUAAUUGCCAAGCCACCCAGCAUAAGUUGGUGAACAAUUGCCUCACCUGUGGACGCAUUGUGUGCGAACAAGAAGGCAGUGGUCCGUGUCUGUUUUGUGGUGAAAUUGUUUGCACAAAUGAAGAACAACAAAUCCUCAAAUCUGCCGGCAAGAAAGGAGAGAAUCUUAUGAAAUCCCUCAAGGAGAAGGGUGGUGGCGAGUCACUGAAAAAGGCUUUGGAGCAACGUGACCGUCUUUUGGAAUAUGAUCGCAACAGUGAAAAACGUACAACAGUCAUUGAUGAUGAAUUGGAUUAUUUUGAGGAGAACUCCGUGUGGCUGUCGGAUGAACAACGUAAAAAGUUCGAGGAGCUGAAGCAAGAGAUGCACGAUCGAAAACACGCCAGUCGUAUUAAUCGAAAGAUUAAAAUUGAUUUUGCUGGUCGUGCCGUGGACGAUGAUGUUACCAUAACGGCCGAUUAUGAGAAGUCAGUGCUAAAAGAAGUGGCUGCGGUCAAUGCCAAAACUGGCAACACCAACAAUUGGUCCAAUCGUAAACACUCACAAAAUUACAAGGAUGAAGGUGGUGACGUUGAUCCAAAUAUUGAUGGCCUGCGUCCCAUGUAUCGUCCAUCGGCCGAGGAAAAGGCACGUAACAAAGGACAAGUUGUAAAUGAUGGUUUAGAGCGUAUUUACAAUCGUGUCCAGGACAAAGAGUUACUUGAAAUGCAAGAUAUGCGUCAAUGUUUAUCCAUGCAUCAGCCCUGGGCCUCAUUACUUGUGGCCGGAAUUAAGAAACACGAGGGUCGUGUUUGGUAUAGCGAACAUCGUGGCCGUUUGUGGAUUGCCUCAACGGCCAAAGAACCCAGACCAGAAGAGAUCAAGGAACUAGAAAACUUUUACAGAGUUUUCUAUAAUGAUCCCAAUAUAAAAUUCCCUGAACAUUAUCCAACCGGUUGCUUGUUGGGUUGUGUUAAAGUUGAUGAAUGCCUGCCACAGGAAGAAUACCAGGAAUUAUAUCCCGGUGGUGAAUCCGAUUCUCCAUAUGUCUUCAUUUGUUCUAAUCCCGAACAAUUGCCAGUGGUUUUCCCGAUUAAAGGUCAACACAAAAUUUAUCAAAUUGACCCCAAAAUACAUAAUGCUGCCUGCAAGACACUGUUGCGUAUGAAAGCCACUAAGGGCUAG